AUGACGCGGGCAAAAGUCGAGCUGGAGAGUCGGGUCGAUUUGCGUAAUUGUGAAUGUAUUGUGGACAAUGUGGAAAUCGGCAAAUGGUCCAACGUUUUUUCUAUACAGACACUACACAAGGAUCGCAGUCGGGUCUACUAUUUCGCCGCAGAAACCCAAGAACUCAUGUCCAAAUGGGUUCGUAGUUUGGUGGAUGUUACACGAUUCCGCAGAGACCCACUCAGUGCCCUUGCAGUGAGAGCCAAAUUAGUUCGCGAGGGAAAAAGUGAAAUCGAUCAGUACAAAAUGCGUGCUCCACCAUCACCACCCUCCGCCUCCGUUGCCGUUGUUCACAUUGAUGAUAAACAUGUAUUUGUCCGGGACAUGUGA